UCAACAACAACAACAACAAUCAUCCGAUACUUCUUCUGGGGAGUUUCAUUCCAAUAAUAGCUCUUCACAAUCGCAUGAUCUCAGUGAUAAUCGUCAUACUUCCUCGACAGCCUCCUUUUUAAUGUCUUCUCUUGAUGAUCAAGUCAGAUCUUAUGGCCAAAAUGUAUCCAACCAAAAUAAUGCUUUAACCGAGAAUAAUGGCACAUUUGUGAAUCAAGGAUAUAUGAAUGCUGCUCAACGUAUACCUCCUGGUUUUAUGUUACCAAGUCCUGAAUAUCAACCUGCGAUUAAAUUAGGACCCAACAUGCCUUUGUUACCUGGUAACUUUUCUAUGGGUGAUGCUCCUCGUCCUCCACCUUCUUUGGCUCCUUCUUUUUCAACUGGAACAACUGGAUCUCAAUAUCAUCAUCCUCGGCCUAUGUUGUCACCACCACCCUUUUUAUCAAACAAUAAUAACAAUUAUGGAAUGCCUUCUUUUCCUAUAUUCCCUCCACCCCCUCAUCCUUCUAUGUUUAUCAACAAUAACAAUGAUAGUAUUAUGUUACCACCACCUCCCCCUCCUCCUCAUCAGCAUCAUUUUAUACCUCCAUCUCUUCCUCAACAUAGUUUUAUUCCUCAAAUGCACCCAUUCCCUUCUCAAUUUCAUCAUCAACCUUUAGUCGGUGAUCUCAAUAAAUGAUUCGAUGUAGGGUGUAUCUGAACGAUGGAUUUAUACUCCGCAUGUGAUUUUCGAAACAAAUAUCUCUUUCUUUUCUUGCACUGCCUCUUUCCUUUUUUUUUUUUCUCUAUUUAUUUUUUUUACUUAUAUGUGUAAUGCAUCUUCA